AUGUUGCUGCGCAGGAGCCCCAAGAAUACUCACAGUCUCCUUAGGCCUCACUCCACUCCAGCGACUUUGCUCUGGCUUGAAGAGAAUUAUGAAACAGCGGAAGGCGUCUGCAUUCCCAGGAGUACUCUCUAUAUGCAUUACGUUGAUUUUUGUGCAAAAAACUUCAUGCAACCCGUGAAUGCCGCUUCUUUUGGAAAGAUCAUCCGGCAGCAAUUCCCCCAACUGACGACUCGACGACUGGGCACUCGGGGACAAUCCAGGUACCAUUACUACGGGAUCGCGAUCCGGGAGAGCUCAGCCUACUUCCAAGUUUCCUUCUCCAAGAAAGGAGCCUCAGGAUGCGAGCCGAGAAGAGAUCCUAACAAACAGACUUCCCUUUACCCCUCACGAACAAGAAAUGGUGCAGUUCUUCCGGAAUUUCCCAGUGUGAAGGAUCUACACUUGCCUGCAUCUGUUGACGUAGAAAAGAUGAACACAUUUCUGAUUAUGUAUCGAACACACUGUCAGAGGCUUCUGGAUACAAUUGUACGUGCCAGCUUUGAUGAGGUCCAAAAUUUCCUGCUUCACUUCUGGCAGGGAAUUCCUCCUCAUUUAUUUCCUGUUUUGGAGUCCAAUGCCUUGGUGAACUUAGUCGGAGUUUGCGACUGCAUUCUCUAUCGAACCAUUUCGAAUGUGUUGCUGCCGUCAAUGCUUCAUACUCUUCCAGAAAGUUUGACUAAAGUAGUGAGGAAGUUCGCAGAAGAGCUGGAUGGAUGGUUAAAAACUGCCAUUAGUCAUCUCCCAGAUAACCUGAAACUCGUCAAACUAGAAAUGGCAACCAGAUUUUCACACACACUGCGACGGCAGAUGUCCCUGAACCACCUGGCGCAGGCAUCUCGAAUGGUGGUCCACAACAGUGACAUCACGGCUCAAAUGCUGCACGAUUGGAGGCAACUUGACCUGGAUGCUAUCUGCAGGGAGACACUUUUUAGCACAGAACACAGUACUGCCACGUGUCAGCUCAUCCUCAAGCUAACAAAAGACUUCGAAUCUUUGUUGGAAGAAGAAUCUCCUAUCGAAAACUACAUUGAAUGGCUGGAAUCACUGGUGAACAAAUGCGCGAUCCAUGCUUCUGGGAGACGGAAGUGUGGCAACAGACGCCUGGGCAGGCAGUUCCUCCUCCUGUGGUCCGCCUUCGGCACGAGAGUGAUUAGAGACAUGACCCUUCACAGCGCCGCUAGCUUCGGCUCCUAUCAUCUGUUGAGGCUUAUGUUCGACGACUAUGUUCUGUUCCUCGUCGAAACCAUUCACACCGAAGACCAGAUGAAGGAUUUCAUGCGAAACCUCAUCAAUGAUGAUCCUCCCGAAAUCUCCUCCUUCGCAGAUUACCAGAGCAUGACUAGUGGUCUGGAUCUGGACCACAUAGACUCCUUUGGACCUUUUCAUCAGACUCAAGCUUUUCCACCUUGCUCUUCAGAAUCGCCAUCUGCGCCCUACGAAGAAUCCCAGUCAGAAGAGCAACCACUAGGCUGGUCUUCCAGUGAUUGUUAUCAGAGUUUCUACCCCAGCAACAGUUCCUGUGAUAGCAGACGAUCGUGGAAUUCGGCAUCACGUCAUGAAAAUAAAGCGUACAACUAUCAGCAAACCGCUCAGUAUCUAAUUGUGAGCGAUGACGGAUCGUCUUCGAUGCCACAAAGCUCCCACCAAGGGUACGAAGACAGCUACAAUCGACAGGAAGACAGCUUGCCAGAGCAGAGCGGACCGUCAUCCAUCAUGUACACGGCUUCGGGUGCCAUCUACCAGAGCUACACCUUCGUAACUCACGACAGCGCACCACAGGAUGUUCCCCUGUCGGCACCCGAUAAAAGAGUGCAUCACCACCUGACUCUCAGGAUGGAUGGAACUCUGUAUUGCGAUGGCUGA